UACACACGUACCUAUGGUUAACAGCCGUUUUUCUUAAAAAAAUGUAACUUAAACUCUCAAUUAACUGAAUCCUUAUAGGUCUUUGCAUUUAAAUAGGCCACGAAUAUCUCAUGUUCUGUAAGAUCGGUUAGUUUGCAUUCUAACGACAAUAAGGAUGUUCGAACUGAUGUCCCAUUAAUGAAAGAGAGCUUUUGCAAAAUAUACACGGCUGUCAAUAAAACUUCUGAUGUUUCUUGCUUUUUAACCAGGAGGUGACCAUGGGUUGGUUAGGCGGAAAAGAACAUUUGGCAGCACGGCGUCCCCGUGUAACAGUGAGUUAGUCACCUUUUUAAAUCGGUAGCGAAUAUUCCAUUUCAUGUUAGCAUCUCAGUCUGGUAUUUUGUUCUUCCUUGUAGUGAUCCACGGCGUUUACUUGGAGAGAUGGGACAGAAUAGAUUACAAACGCGUUAAAUUUCUGCUGGCGGAUCCAAGAUAUCCAAACCUACCAAGUUUUGCAACUUGUGUUCCAACAUUCGAACAGCCGUCACGGUGGACAAACUUCUUUGGUUCUCGCUUGAGGACGUAUUUCGUUCCAUUCCAGACAGGAAACCAUUACUUCUUUCUUUCAUCCGACGCUGGGAGUGAGCUGUUUAUCAGCACCAAUGAGAAACCUGACACAAAGACGUUGAUUAGUUCUGUUGAUGGUGGAUUUACCACUUAUCAGUAUGAAUAUGAUAGAUUCUCGAAUCAAAAAUCUCUCCCGGUUUACCUGAGGAAGGGUAAAUAUUACUACAUGGAGGCUAUCAUGAAAGACGAUCAUCAGAAUGAUCACCUGGAAGCUGCAGUACAGACACCAGACGGGACAUUUUACAAAGUGAUACCAUCAAAGUUCCUUUGGACAUCACUGCCGCCUCCUCCCGAGAAAAAUGCUACUUACCAAGCUAUUUUAAUCAAAGUAGCAGCACGAGCCGGCGCAAGAGCCGGUUUAGCAUUUGGAACAAAGUGGGCGAUGCGUAGUGGAGCAAAAGCAGGAGCAAAGGCUGGUGCCUUGGCAGGAAUGGAGACUGGAACAUCGGCAGGAGCGAGUGCUGGUGAAAAAGCAGCCAUUGAAAUGACCACAAAGACAAUCGAAAAAGGACUAAAUAGCUAUUAUGGAAGGGAUUCGCACCAAUUCAAAAUCACUAUACAAAACGGAAACGUGGUCUCCGUUAAGGGUCCUGUCUCAGGAGGUGGUGGGGGUGGGGGUGGAGGUGGUGGGGGUGUUGGAGUUACUGGAGGUGCAGCGGGUGCAAGAGGCACAUGGGGUGGAGCUGGUGGUACGGGUGGUGGUGGAGGCGUAGGAGGAGCAGGAGGAGAAGGAGGAGAAGGUGUUGGCGGUGGUGCUGGUGCUGGUGCUGGUGCUGGUGCUGGUGCUGGUGCUGGUGCUGGUGCUGGUGCUGGUGCUGGUGCUGGUGCUGGUGUUAGUGCUGGUGGUGGAGCAACAACUGGUAGUGGGGUUUCUGGAGGGGCGGGGGUUACAGCAGCGGGAUCUUCAUCUGGGGUAGUGACUGGAGCCUCUGUAACUGCAGCAGGAUCGCAAGUAACUUCUAGCGGGGGGACUGAAUCAACUGGUGCGACUAGUGGCGGCAAUGAAGGCGCUCCUCAAACGAUAGCAUCUUCUGUUCAAGAAAAAGUUACGUACAUGUUAAAGCCGGGUGAGGAUGCUCAAACUAUGGCCAGGAAGCUAGUAUGGAGACAAGGAGGCGCAAGCAAGCUUGUACAAGAUGGAUUGUACACUGUCCAUUCCUGGGACGUUCCGUAUCCGCAGGAGAAUGGCUCCCUUAACUUCUGUUGGAGAUCCUUUAAUGGCAAGGUAGCUCUGCGACCGUUUUGUCAAGUAUUCAAAGUUCGAAUGCCUGCACUAUACAAAAAGAUUAAACCAGGGAAAGAGAGUGCUUCUUUUGAGUCAGUUUGCCUACCGGGAUAUUUCAUGAGACAGAAGAACUAUAACUUCAUUCUCCAGAAAAGGGAUGGAUCCGAACUGUUUGAUAAAGAGAGUUCUUUCAAAGUCUAUAACGUGAUGAAAUACAGUAGAAAUUUGAUGCUAAAAUCAAUGCACUCGGAUUGGUUCAUUUGUCAAAGUAAGGAUAAGAAGCUUCAUGGUUCCACGCUCAUUCAGCUGGACUUUUACAACGGUGAUCCAGAUGUCCUUGAGCGGUGUACAUUUUCGUUCAUGCCAAUAUCGCAGAACCAAAACAAAUAUAUGAAUUGCAGAAACGUUGCUGGACCAGUUGUACAUCCCGCCAUCAGUGGGCAGCCACUUCCUCAUCCCCAACACUUAGUUCCGGAGAUACCACCUGUUCCUGCUCAGCCUUCCUGUAUACCCGUAUGUCCCGCUGCAGAAACUGCGCGGGGAGCACCAACAUCUGGAUCCACAGUCCCAGGAUUUCCUUUGGAGCCUUCAAUCACAAGUUCUAAAAAGACGUGCGUCGCCUUGAACUUCAUUAACAACUUUAGAGCACCAUUUAAGCUCUACUCCUCUCUCAAGCACGAGGCAUAUCUUGUCUCUGGUUCUGGCUUUAAACUUAAACUCAUCAUAGACCGACCUGAACUGCAUAGUCACGUGAUAUUCAAAGCCGAGGAUCCACUUGGCAAGCGUAAAAUCUUCCUGAAUGGACAACCAAGUACUUCAGAGGUAGCAGUUGUUGGUUGUCCAGAAUUUGUUAACGUGUUUGUAACACCAGAGCAAGGUAAUGCUCCUUCCGAACCAUCUGGCAAUUUUCAAGUUUUCCCACACAGUGUCCACGCCUCCACUAACCUAUCCACUCCCAAUCCUUCUUCGUCUUUGCAACCUCCUAUAUUUCUAAAGCCUCCCUUUCCUUCUCCCCGUUCUCCUCCUCCUCCUGCUCCUCCUUCUCCUCCGCCGCCUCAUCCUCCUCUUUCUCCUUCUCCACCACCACCCUCUCCUUCUCUAGCACCACCUCCUCCUUCUCCAGCACAACCUCCUCCUCCUCUUCCUCCUCCUCCUCCUCGUCCAAAUGCGCCUCCUCCACCUCUUCCACUUUCACCUCCAUCACAAGCGGCAGCACCACCAAGUUAUUCACCCCCUACAGUUGGUCCAGGUUCUCCAGUUUCAGCUCCAGGAGUAUCAUCUAAAGGCGGGAAAGGCUAUGGAUCAAUUCACUAUCACUAUCAUUUGUAUUCUGACAAGAGGCCACAUGUAACUCCCGGUAAGCAAGCCACGCAAAUUCCUUUUAAUUGCUUUAUAGUAAUGGCUCGUUAUCUGAAACUAUCAGGAAAAUUCAUAUCAUUAUGUAAGAUUGAAAGAUGCCAUUUAUCGUUCCCUUUUGAAUGGCUGAUCCCGAAUACAGACUGGCAAGUAAACUUCAUCGUGCGAGGGUGACACGUGAGGGCAAUAAACCUGAAUAUCUCGUGGUCCCUAUUAACAUCCCUACAUCACAAUAUAGUUUCAUCCUAAGAGGAGUGCGAGAACUAGAUUCAGCACUUAAGAAGCUUGGUUAGGGUUCAAAAGAACUGUUAUCUACCGAUCAUUCUGGUACUUAAAUUAUUUCU